AGUUUCUGUAUAUUUAAACUUUAUUAUUUUUAUUGUUUCUUUCUUUGUUAAUUAUUGUGCAUUCGUUUUUGUGCACUUUUCUAGUGUUUCUUUUGGUAUAUUUGAUUUCUACGAAUGGCACCUAAUUUUCUCACAUUGAUUGCCAAGCGGGAUUUUACGACAGUCGCCAGCGGCAGUUCCGUUGUCAACAACCUCCUGAAACCCAUCGGCUUCGAGCUUAAGACGGCUCAGGCGCUGAUCACUAAAACGCGACAGAAACGCAUGCGUGAGCUUUACGAACGAGAAUUUAUACAGGAGCGUUUGGAGGUGAAACAGCUAAAUCGGAAUAUGAACGCCAAAAAAUAUCGAUAUCGCUGCACGCCCCUGGGCAUGGUGUUGAUUUUACCAUAGAUACUUAGUUGCAAUAAAUUGUUUUUCAGUUAGGCAACAGGCAACACUUUUAAGUGUUAGUUGGGCGGAAAAGCACUCACUCCAAAAUGCUGCCUGUUAAAUUAACUGAAAUAUGCAUGAAUGAAUGUAAUUUGAA